AUGAGUUGGCGACUCAUUCACCUCGCAACUGGCGACGUCUGGGCAGUCCCUCCCCUCCCUCCAGCGCACUUGCCACAUCCGUGCGCCUCUUGCGGCCUCUCCCUCCCGAACUGUUGCGCGUCAUUCACUUGUGCUUGUGUGGGGUCCCUCCCAGGGGUCUCCCCUAGUGGUUGCUCUUCAUGGGGACCUCUAGAAGACUCCGCUUUUGCGGUGGGGCGUGGGUCUGACUGCGCAGUGCGGCUUGUUUCUCCCACAUGCAGCAGAAAGCACUUGUUCUUGCGAGUUUUGCCUCCCUCCCUAAGGGACACACUGCUACCUACGGAGUUGUUCGACGGGAAAAGUUCGUCUGAAGCGGGAGACAGCAGAUCUGCAGGGGUCCCUGUGGCAUCCGAAAAGCACAUAGAGCUUCUGAGGUUUCCUUCAAGAAGGGCUGGUCGAUUUUUUGUCCGAAAUGCCUCGCCUAACGGAACGUUGAUUAAUGGCGUGUUGUUUGGGACCGUUCUGAAGGAACAGCAACAACGGCAGCAGCAGCAGCAGCACAAGCUGCUGAUGCAUCAUCAGGAUUUGGAGAUAGAGCAACGACAGCAGCAGCAGCAGGCAGCCUGGCUGCUACAUACGGGGUAUGCAGAGGUUUUCCCGGGAGACCUUCUUGAGCUAGCAGGUGACCCUGCGCUCUCAUUACUUGUUUCCUUCUCGCCCACCUCCCUCUGCUUGGACAGAAACCCAGACGUCACACCUAAGCUGCGAGUAGAGGAAGAAAGUCAUGUGCAGCACCAGGAAGAAGCAGGAAGAGGGAAGCUUUUGAAGUGUGUGCGGGCCUGCCAUAAAGCGGGCCUGUAUCUUGUGGCCCCCCGAUUCCAUUCGUCCUGCUGCUGCCUCCUUUUGUCUUCUUCGUCGCCUGCACCUUCUUUGCCUCUGCUUCUAUGCGUCCUCUGCAACAAGCCCCUGGUGCAGCUUUCCGCUGUCAUAGAUAUACUUUUAAAAGGAGGCGACAGCGAAAAGAGUGGCAGCAGCCGAGGGGUGUACUUAGCCGCUAGGAUCUCCCAGGCUAAAGCAGAGCAUGUGUGCCGUCUCCUAAAGGACUCGGCUGCGCAGAGGCUUCCCUCGGACGGAGGACUCCUAGAAGGCUCUACCAAUGAUUUCUUGCUAAUUAAAGACGCAGAGACGGACUGGCGGUUCCUCGUAUUGCACCUCGCUGCCGCAUCUGCUACUGGUGACAGCGGCAGCGAGUGCUGUGUACAGGGCGAAGAGUAUUCACACCAACCGCCUCACGAAUGCUUAGUGGCUGCGCUGAGGCGGAUAUCUCCUGCCAGUUCUUGUGUUCCAGCCUCUUUGUGUGCAUACGUGAAGGACCCAACAGAAAGAAUAAGGGGGCAGCUCUUUGCGGGAUGCCUGGUUGCAGAGGAAGCCCUCAGUCUUGCCUCCCAUUCGAAGACAACACAGCUGCCUGUGCAGUCAGAUGUAGCCACUGCAGCUACAGCGGUUGCAGCAGCACUAAGCCCCUUUCUGGGGGGUCCUCCCUGGGGGCCCCCCCUCUGCAGGGCAUGCUGCAUCUUUUUGGGGCCUGGAGAGGAUAUAUUGGAUGAGCCAAGGAAGAAGGCACUACUGUUGGUGCUGCAGAUAGUUGCUGCUGCGCUUCAUCAGCAGCAACAAAACCUACCGCCACAACAAAAAGUGCAGUUCCAACAGAUCCAAUCAGAGCACCACCAGAAGGACAGGCAGAGGGCACUUCUUAUAGGAGGGGUGCGGUUGCUGCUCGCGCGGGAGCGGCAAGUAGCGAUCUCUGUGAUCAGUGGCUCUGUGUUCACGCCAGAUGCUCUCUUCGCCUCAAAGGACAUCCAGCUGCAGAAUCUACAGCAAGAGGUCGUAGCCCAUUUAUCGUGGCAACAGUUGCAGUAUGAGCAGCCACUGCAGGUUCUUCGGGAAGAAGAAACCCAGCAGCCAUCAGGAGAUUUUGAAGCUGCUUCAUGCGCAUUAUCUAGUGCUGGAGGGUCGCGCCCUUCGACUCUUGGUGCAGAACCAUCUGGACUUCCACAACCAUUGGCAAAGGGCUGUGCGGCAGAUCCUUGUUUCUAUCCCGACAAGAGCGAGUCAUUCCAGACCCUAAGCCCGUUGAAAGCUUCAGCGGAAGAAAGGGGCACGCACGAGGCUUCUGGGGGGGCUUUAGGCUGCGUGGUUUCGAAGGUGGACCUAAGGGGGCAGGAGACAGAAAGGCCCAGGGGAACCCAGCGUCAAAAGGCCUCAGCUGUGGCCCGAUUCGCUGCGAUUUGUGAAGCAAUAGAACUAGCCUCACAGCCUCAACCGGAUCAGCAGGAUUGUCCUUGUCUUCCAGCACUAGCGGUGCCUGCAGUGGCGUCAGCGGCCGUAGCACAAAAAGCAUCGAAAGCGGCGGCUUCGGGUUGGCUGAGGAAGCAACAACAGCAGCAAGGUGAUUUAUCUACCUGCGGAGCUGAAUCGAGCACAACCAAAGUACUUAGAUGCCUUCGGCCUGUAUGUGUUCUCCAAACGAAUCUUAAGGGAGACAGAAAGAGGUUCAGGAAGGACACUUCCCAGCUUCCAGCGUGGCGGAUGGCUAACAAGGCAGCCCCCAAAGCAGGCGCUGCCCUCCCUUUUGACAGUAAAGGAGCGGCAGCGGGGUCCUUCAAGAGUGCCCUCCGGGCAGCCUCAAGUAGCCGGACCCUAGAUCGACCUCCGGAAAGAGCUUUUACGGAGCUACAUCCAGAUGCUAUCGAAGUGACAGCCAGAGAAAAUUAUUCUGGGGACUCUUUUUGCUCGGGAAAUCCUGGGAAGUCCACAGACACUGUGUGUGCAGAAACAAUGUCUACGGUGUGUCAGCAAGAGCUGCAGCAGUAUCACGACUUGUUAUUCAGCAGAGAUGGGGGCGACAAUGCAGAUUGUUUUCAGCAAUCAGAGCAAGCAGCAGCAGUAGCAGCGGGGGAGGCAAGUUUCCCCAAUUCUAGAGAGUGCCUGCGCGGUGUGGACCCGCAACUGCCACAGGGAAAGGCAGGGAGGUCGGCGCCUCCCGCCACACUGGUUUCAAGGGCCCCAGGGAACAGGCGCAGUAGUUAUUUACCAAAUUUUACUCCUAUCACCGCGGUAGUGGUGAGCUAUUCAAGUACAAGAAGUCAAAAAAACAGUAGAGCAGGUUGUUUGCCACAAACAGUUCUCGAACUCUAUUGA